AUUCGAAUCCCUAGCUCAAGUCUCAAUCGUCCCAUAAUAUUCCCGCCCGUGACCCCCGCGCCAUGAGUUCAAAGUUUUCCCCUAGAGACUAUCAUUUCUCCCUCCACCAACCACCGCCAUCUUCAUUCUCUAAUCCGCCACAACUGCGACCGUCCGCGCUCCACCCCGCCGCAUAUUUCUGAUCGCCGGCGAACAUUAUUGUACUUUGGUUAGUUUUUCUCCCAUAAAUAUUUCCCAAUUCCUGAUUAAGUUCCCAUACAUUGGCAUCUCUUCUGGCAUAAUGUAAAUCACCUGGACUACUUUCACGCCCAGCACUUGCAACUGGCUCUGUUUUCCAUGAAAUUGCGCAAUCCGCCAAAUCAAUGCUCGUCUCUGUGCCUCGAUUUGUUUUCCAUGACUGUUAGCUCGUGCCAUAUGUUGUACUUGCAUCUUUUCAUUUAGAAAUACACCUGGGGAAGUGUGUGAGGAUAUUUAUUGUCAAAGGAGAAUCACAUGAGCCGACACGGGGACAGGGCUGAUAAUCUGGGCUCCUUUGACAAACUUCCUAAAUUUAAUUGGUCUGAACAUGCCGGCCGCCUCGACAGUUCUUCAGAUCAUGAUAAGCUAUUAAGAUCGAAUUUCCUUUUUUCCCUAUCAGAACAAAAGCCUCCUGCCAAAGAAGCAAUGCCUGUAAGUUCAACAAUUUGUCAAAUUCGGGACUUGAGCUUGUCUGACCCUUUCACUGAAAAGGCUUGGCAAAAACUUUCCAGCAUUCAGUUGUCUUCCAAGAGCUACAUAAAACCUGGGAAAACUCUACCGCUAACUAAAGAUGCCAGUGCUUCUGCUGCAGGAAAAUAUGGUCAGGCUGAUAAGCAAUGGUCAUCUAGUGUGAAUAACACUUCAUUUACACAGAUGCCAUCAUAUCAGAGCUUUAGUGCAAGUAACAGUGGAAUGGGAGAAUCCAGAAUGUCUAUGGGGACUUCUUUUCAUUCUUAUGCACAAUCAGGAAAUGCUACAGCUAAGAACAGUAUAUACUCACCAAUGACAAAUACUUCUUGGGCACAACCUUCAAAUGGAUCAUCCACAAGUUAUGUAGGUGAUUUAAACACAAUGAAAGGGCCAACAUCUAAUGAAAGUUUUGUAGAUAUAGCUGAUGAUGAUGAUGAUUUACUACAGCAAAUUGAUCUCGACCAAAUAGUUAUGGAGCAUUAUCAAUCAAACUGUACGCCUCAACCAUCAGUUUCAAAAGUUCCAUCAUUUUCUCCGGGGAUGAGUUCCAAAUGCAUGGAAAGAUCUGAAGAAAAUAGUUUGCCUUUGGAGCUAUCCUCUAUUUGCUGUCAUGGUUUGCAGCUAGGACUUUGUCCAGAGGUGCCAAAGCAUUUACAAGAUAUGAAGGAUAAGCUAAUUUCUAUUUCAAAUGAUCUUCUUGACAAUGUUACUAAUCUCAGUUCAGAUCAAGUUGACAAUCUGCGCAAAGAAAGAUUGUUGUUGAAUACACAAAUUCAACAGCUUGAGAAGUAUCCCCGAACAGUAACAGUUACUGAAGAAAGAAUAGUGUCACAGUUCUCUGCAUCCACCACAACUUCAAAUUUUCAACAUGAGACUACUCGAAAAGCCCCUUUCGGGAUUGAUCCCACAAGGCUUGAAACGCAAUUUCAAUGUACUGAACCAGUUGGAUUUGACCAAUGGAAUUCUUCAUCAGUUUCGUAUUCAUCAAAUGGGUUCUCAACUGAUACUGUCAGAAGAGAACCUUAUAUACCAACACACAUAGAAGUCAAUUAUGUUGAUGGUUCAAAUGAUAAAAGGUGGAGCUCCCGGGACUUCCCUUGGACACAAAAGCUUGAGGUCAACAACAAAAAAGUAUUUGGAAACCACUCUUUUCGCCCUAACCAAAGAGAGGUGAUUAAUGCUACUAUGAGUGGAUACGAUGUAUUUGUUUUAAUGCCAACUGGGGGAGGAAAAAGUCUGACUUACCAGCUUCCAGCUCUCAUUUCUCCUGGGGUUACUUUGGUAAUAUCACCUCUUGUUUCACUCAUUCAAGAUCAGAUGAUGCAUCUGCUACAGGUCAAUAUUCCUGCCACAUAUCUUAGUGCCAACUUGGAAUGGGCUGAGCAACAGGAGAUUCUUAGAGAACUUAGUUCAGGUGUUUGCAAAUACAAACUUUUAUAUGUCACACCAGAGAAAGUUGCUAAAAGCGAUGUUUUGUUGCGACACUUGGAAAAAUUGCAUGCCAGUGAUUCGCUUUCUAGAAUUGUUAUUGAUGAAGCACACUGUGUAAGCCAAUGGGGGCACGAUUUUAGGCCAGACUAUCAGUGUCUUGGUAUCCUUAAACAGAAGUUUCCAAGCGUUCCUGUUCUGGCGUUGACUGCUACUGCAACACUCAGUGUCAAGGAAGAUGUUGUUCAAGCUCUUGGUCUUUCCAACUGCCUUGUCUUUCGACAAAGUUUUAAUCGCCCUAAUUUACAAUAUUCUGUAAUCCCAAAGACAAAGAAGAUUUUGGAAGACAUAGAUGUCUUCAUAAGAACAACUCAUUAUGAUGAAUGUGGAAUCAUCUAUUGUCUUUCCAGAAUGGAUUGUGAAAAAGUUGCAGAAAAGUUACAGGCAUAUGGACACAAAGCAGCAUAUUACCAUGGCAGCAUGGAUGCUUCUCAGCGUGCAUAUGUACAGAAACAAUGGAGCAAAGAUGAGAUCAAUAUUAUUUGUGCAACUGUUGCAUUUGGAAUGGGUAUCAAUAAGCCAGAUGUACGUUUUGUCAUUCAUCAUUCACUGCCAAAAUCUAUAGAAGGCUACCAUCAGGAGUGCGGUCGUGCUGGUAGAGACGGCCAACCUUCAUCUUGUGUGCUGUACUACAGCUACAGUGAUUAUAUAAGAGUGAAGCAUAUGAUUAGCCAAUGCAAUGUAGAACAAGGUGCUUUCACACCUGGUUAUGGCUCUUCUAGCAUGACAACCUCUGGGAAUAUACUGGAAAUGAACACUGAGAAUCUUUUGAGAAUGGUUAGCUACUGUGAGAACGAUGCUGAUUGUAGACGCCUCCUUCAGCUUAUUCAUUUUGGUGAAAAGUUUGACUCUGUCAACUGCAUGAAAACUUGUGACAACUGCUCAAAGGCUCAGAGCUGCAUUGAAAAGGAUGUUUCUGGAACCGCAAAACAAUUAGUUGAGUUAGUGAAGAUGACAGGACAGCAGUUUUCAUCAGCUCAUAUAUUGGAAGUGUUUAGGGGGUCCUUGAACCAAUUUGUUAAAAAACAUGGACAUGAUAAAUUGAGCAUGCAUGGAGCUGGAAAACAUCUUGCAAAAGGUGAAGCAUCCCGAGUGUUGCGUCACCUUGUUACUGAAGAUAUUUUAACGGAGGACGUUAAAAAAAGCGAUACCUAUGGCUCUGUAUCAUCAAUAUUGAAGGUGAAUCAGUUCAAAGCCAAUAUCCUCUUUGCCCCUGGACAUAUAGUUAAAUUAAGAUUCCCAACAUUUUCCAAUGCAUGUAAGACGGGUAAAGUAGAAAUGACCCCUGCAAAAUCCACACUAACAUCCACAAAAGAACCUAAGGAUGAGACGAGUCUGUCAGCCAAGGUGUACAAUGCGAUACGGACUCUUCGAACUAAUCUGCUUAGGGAAGCAGGAGACGGAGUCAAUGCUUACCAUAUAUUUGGAAAUGCUACAUUGCAGAACCUUAGCAGGAGGAUACCCAGGAACAAGGAUGAACUGCUAGAGGUCAAGGGUAUGGGCAUCGCUAAAGUUCAAAAAUAUGGAGACCGAAUAUUGGAAACAAUAGAGGCAACCAUCAGGGCCUACUCCAGCAGCGGUAGUAGCAACGAGAGUCCAGAUUCGGGCAAGAGGAAAGGUGACAACUUUGUAGAAAGCACGGCAUGUUCCAAGAAACGGGUUUCAAACAAGCAAUGCAAACAAAAGAAGGGAAAGCUGAUUGAUUAUGAGGAACUGGGAUACUAUGAUGACUGUAUCGACACUGAUUUUGAUUUUGAGGAGAACACCAACCCCCAAACCAAUGUCUCGGUUGCAAAAGCCAACGGUGAGGCAGGAGGGAGGAUGCUACCUUCAUGGGGGUAAAAGAUGCCAGGGUUAGAAUUGCGUGUUCUGUAGGUAGGAGGCAAAUUCACUGUAAGAUUCGGUCUUUUGUAUAUGUAUCGUGUCGUUGAUGUGUUGUGUUUACUACACACUGAAAAUUUGCCGGCUCCUUUUAGGCUUAUCUAAGCUUUCGUUGAUCAUGAGAAUUACAU